AAACAAAUCAGCUGGUCAAUCUGAAAGUGAAAGUACGUUCUAAUAAACGGUAACGAUAUGCAAUUUUGGCGACGUUUGUUGCAAAUUAGCAAACAGCAGGGCAGAUUGUCAUUGAGACAAUAUUCAUCAGAAAACUGGGAUGUCAUUAGUAACACUGAAGUUAAAAGGUUUGCACGGGACUGCAUGACGAGUGUUGGAACCAGACCGCAACACGCGGACAGCUUGGCAGAAGUUCUGGUGCAAGCAGACUACCGUGGUCACUACAGUCAUGGACUUAACAGGCUAGAUAUGUAUGUGAAAGAUAUCGAAUCUGGGGUAACUGUCUCAGACAAAGAACCAGUCAUCCUGAAGGAGUCUCCGGCCACAGCCUUUGUCGACGGUCAGAAUGUACUGGGUCCAGUGGUGGGCGACUUUUGUAUGGACCUAGCCAUCGACAAGGCCAAGCGGUCAGGAGUGGGCUGGGUGGUGGCUAAGGGUUCCAAUCAUUACGGAAUCGCAGGACAUUAUGCAAUCAGAGCUAGUGAGGAGGGACUUCUGGGGAUGUCCUUCACCAAUACAUCUCCAUUAGUCGAUCCAACUCGAGCAAAAAAGCCAAUUCUUGGGACCAAUCCAAUCAGUUUGGCAGCCCCUGGUCUCCGUGGCGACAGCUUUGUCUUAGAUAUGGCAACAUCAACAGCUGCUCUAGGCAAGAUAGAGAUUCAUGAGAGAAAACAAAUUCCAAUACCUAACAGCUGGGGAGUGGAUGCCCAUGGAAAGAUGACAAAUAAUCCAACAGAUGUGUUAAAUGGAGGAGGCCAAAUGCCCCUUGGGGGAGCUGAAGAGACAAGUGGAUAUAAAGGCUCAGGGCUGGGAUUUCUGGUGGAAAUAUUUUGUGGAAUUUUGAGUGGAUCUGCCUAUGGACCAAACAUCAGAAGAUGGAAGAAUACGACCACAGUUGCAAAUUUAGGCCAGUGCUUUAUUGCUGUAGAUCCUGACUCAUUCAUGCCUGGGUUUGAGGAGAGGAUGUCUGAUCUCAUGGGGAUAUGUCGCAAUCAGGAGCCAGUGGAGAAAGAUAAGGAAGUGUUGGUGGCUGGGGACCCAGAGAGGAUCCACAUGAAGAUGUGUGACGAGAGAGGAGGGAUUCCCUAUCACCCUAACCAGAUUCAGUACGCAAUUGAUCUCUCAAAUAAACUGAAUGUUGUAUCCAUGAAAAUACGGACUCAGAAAUAAUGUGCUUUAAUUCUAAAGAAGCCUCCUUAUAAUCAGUUUUUGGAUAUUGUUAAUAUAUUUUGAUAAAAUUUUUACAUACUUGACUAUGUUGACUGAUUUUAUUGUAAUUGCUUUUACAUAAAUGAAUAUUAUAUAUGAGAAAAUAUGUACAGAUACAUGUACAUGUAGUUGAGAAGAAUAUUUUUGUGCCAUGUAUAAUAAAGGACAAGAUAUUGUCCUAUAUAUUUGCUAUUAAACAUCAGUUAAAACAUGUAUUUAUAAAUAUAAUGUUAAUGAUUACUAUUAAACCACUUUAUAUCUAUUCACAUUGGUAUUUUUAUUCUCAAUAAUACUUCGAUAUGUGCCAUACACUUGUUGAUCACAGUUUGUACUAUUUUACUUUAAAUGGUAGAUUAACUGCUAGAGAACCCAUGGAAAUUGAGACUCCUUGGUAUUGAAAAAAUAGAUUUGCAAGUUAUCAUCGAACUUUUAAUUGCAAAUCAUUUGGAAUUCACACUCUGAUUCCUGAUACUUUUAAAAAAUGUUGAUCAAACAAAAUUUAGUGUUACCUUUAACCAAACAAAAUUUAGUGUUACCUUUAACCAACGUAACUUGUCAAGGUUCACUUGAUUUAGUAUAGUUAGCUCAUUGUCUUCUUAAAUCCAAGGUUGAAAAAAUUCUUAGCUCAACUUAAUUGCUAAUUCAACUGUAGUAAUAGAAGUUAUCAGUUAAGCUGGAACAUUUUUUUUGUAAAUAGUUUUUAAAAAAACUAUAUAUAAACUAUUUUCUCCAAGAAGUACAUGUAUUACAAUGUGAAAAGCACAAGACUCAGGGUGGUGUAAAGAUUGGAUAUUUCUAUUAACUGUGCGUGCGUCAUCUUGAUGUCAAGUUUUCAACGUUACAGUGUGCCGUGGCGACAAAAUAUGCUGUUUUUAAAAUCGGGUAACAAAACAUUUUUUUUUUCAAAAGGAAUGAAACUUUGUAUAUCAAAAAAAUUAGUACAUGUAUUGUUGCAUAAAUUAAUCUGCUAAGAAUGACUUUAAUGAAAAAUGUAUGUUAGACAGCGGCAUUGUCUUCGUAUUUUUUGGUUGACCCUCGUAAGCACUGAACAGAUAAAAUUUAUUCACUUCUUAAUUACCCCCCUUCAUAAAUUUAUGAACUUAGUGAAUGAUGGAGAAUGCUUUAAUCUUAGUGAACAGACUCAGUACUAGUCAGUAGAAAUUAAUUAUGUAAGAGUGAACAUCACAUUCUCAUACAAUCAGAAAACAAGAACUUAAGAGUCCAAAGUUUACAGUUUAUUGUGUACAAUUCAGUCUGUACAUCUAUCCUUCUCUUCAACUGAUUUAAGCUAUAAAGUAUUAAAACAAGAAAAUCACUUAAGUUUUUGUCUUAUUGAUAGUUUGUUGCAAACUGAUACUUAACCGUUAAUGAAAGUUGUACAAUAUA